AAUAUGCUUAGCCAUCACACCUCUAAUGCAGCCCUGAGCAUCACAUGCUCAAAUCCAGAGCCAAAAAGGGUCCUAGAGGAAUGAAUAUCCUUAAAUUCUCCAGCCCAGGGGACUGCAGGGAGAUGUGCUCAAAAUCUUAUUUAUGAGCAAAGAAGCAGCACAACGUAUUGUGAGUAUAACGAUAGUCUCAGGGCUCUAAACGUUACUCCAGAAGUCUGCAGAAGAAGAAAGAAUAUCAGUGCAGUUAAAAUUAUUUUGCAUGCGCUUUCUAGCCCUUUUCCUUCCCCUGCUUCUCUGGGUCCUAAAGCUGGUGGCUUCACCCUGGCGGUGGUAUGAAGGUGGUGUCACAGCAAGCUGUAAGCAUCGCUGGAGGAAAGCUGCCACCAUGCUGCCCACACUGCCCCAGCCCCUGGCAUCUGAGACCAUCCCCAGUUGAGAGGUUCAAUCCAUUCUAUCCCCUUGGUCCCAAGUGCCCUCACAGAGAGAGUCAGCAUUUGGAAGAGUCACCCUCAGCACUGUAUAUUAAGGGGAAGGUGUGAAGAUCCCAGAGGAUUUCUUUUCUCCUCUGUUCUGCUUCUGCAUGCACUUCAGCCCCACGGACUGGUUGUGUCCUGCCUCACUAUUUCACAACAUGACAGUGGGACCACAGCUGAGCACAUCAAUACCCAGCUCAGCUCUGAAGCUCAGCCCAGGAAGCUGCUCUGCCAAAGUUCAGGUUUCAUAGGGCAGGCAUAAAUGCAAGAGAAGAGGAAAUAUACAUUUGAAAACAAUCAGGUUCAGCCUGAAGAAAACACUGUUUUUCAAGACAACUACGAAUUAAGCCAGAAAAUUCAGCAUGACAGAAGCACUGCCUGAAGUGACAACCGAAUACAGUUACGAUGAAACUGCUUACACCUGUGAUGAAACUGACAUCCAAGCAUUUGGAAAAAUAUUUCUGCCAUUGUUUUAUAUCACUGUGUUCGCCCUCGGCCUUGCAGGGAAUGUAAUGGUGGUUUUGGCCAUCGUGAAAGAAGGCAGUAAAAAGAGCAUUACUGAUAUUUAUCUCCUGAACUUGGCUGUCUCAGACCUUCUUUUCGUGAUCUCUCUCCCCUUCUGGGCUUCCAACACAGUGAGGGGAUGGACCUUUGGCACUAUCCCCUGCAAAGUUGUGUCCUCACUGUAUUACAUCGGAUUCUUCGGGGGCAUGUUUUUUAUCACCGUGAUCAGUAUCGACAGAUACUUGGCCAUUGUCCGGGCAACGUAUUCCUUGAAAUCCAGAACGAUGAAGCACAGCUUUCUGAUAACCUGCGGGGUAUGGGCAACAGCAGUUCUGGUUUCGGUGCCACAUUUUGUGUUCUCCCAGAUGUUAGAAAAUGACUGCUUCCCUGUGUUACCCCCGGAGCUGAUGAACAUCUGGCCGGUGUUCUGCAACGUGGAACUGAACACCAUUGGUUUUUUGAUCCCAGUCUGCAUCAUAUGCUAUUGCUACUGCGGGAUCAUCAAAACCCUGCUGUACUGCAAGAACCAGAAAAAAGCACGAGCCAUAAAACUGACCUUGGUUGUGGUGGUUGUGUUUUUUCUGUUUUGGACCCCAUACAACAUACUGAUUUUUCUCGAGACUUUGAGGCACUACGAGUUGUUUAUAAGUUGCAAUCAAAUUAAAUCACUGGACUAUGCAAUGCACCUGACCGAAACCAUCGCAUUCAGCCACUGCUGCCUUAAUCCUCUUAUCUAUGCCUUUGCUGGGGAAAAAUUCAGGAAGUAUCUUUACCGUGUCUGCUUCAAGUACUGCCCAUGCCUGUGCUUCUGUGGGCCCUGCAAUCAUUACGAAGUUCGCCCUUCAGCUAGCUAUGCAGAAAGCAUGGUGAACAGCAACAUUACCCUCAACACCAGUGACCAGGAUGGAACUGUCUUCCUCUGAAGCCAGAAAACCUCCUUGGAAAAAGAAAUCCAUGUAGAUAUAUCUCUGCAGGGCUAGCACUGCCAAGAGACUAAUGUUAGCCAUUGGGAAAGACUUAUGACAGCACUGAAUUACUGACGUGCUUUUUGUUAAGCAUUAAAUAUUCUAAAGUAGUGAAUAUUUUAAAAACAAAAGCAGUACAACAUGUCAAGGCUGAACACUGAAGCGAAUCAAGAGAGAGGUAAAGUAGAAGCAAAAGCAGCAUCAUCUGCCCAGAACAGCAAUGGAGAAGAAUUUAGGAUAGGGACACUGUUACAUGGUUUUGUCAUCUACACUUCUGUGUCCGUACGUGCAUGUGGUAUAAAUGUACAUAGAAAUUAACUCCUUUUUAAUAAAAGAUCUCUAAUUAGUAGCAGCUGACUGUAAGCAAAUGGGACUGUUUUUAUUGCUAUAUAUUGAACUAUCUCCAUUUGGAAGAAAUUUUGGGGAGUUCUUGAUUGCAACAAAUGUUUUACCUGUGCUUUCAUAACUAAUAAAACCCUAAAAAAACCCGA